GCGCCGGCCCUGGGAGGUGGAAGAUGGCCUCCGUGGCGGCGGCGGCGGCCCCUGCGCGGGCGGGAGACAGUAAGACGGCGUGCACGGUAUCCAGGGAAUGGAGGUGCAGCUGGAGAAUCAGAGUGUCCUCGUGACCACUACCCUGCCCAGCCAGGAGGUGCAGGAUCUCCUGGAGAGUACGGGGUGCCAGGCAGUGCUGAAGGGCAUGGGCAGCCACAUGCAUCAGAACCUGGGGGCAGCCGUGGCCAUGAUAGGGCGGCCUGGGGCUGUCCAGGGAGUUGUGCGUUUCUUACAAGUGUCCCCCAAAUGCUGCCUCAUCGAGGGGACGAUCGAUGGCCUAGAGCCUGGGCCCCACGGCCUCCAUGUCCAUCAGUAUGGGGACUUGACCGAGAACUGUGCCAGCUGUGGUGACCACUUCAACCCGGAUGGGAUGCCUCAUGGCGGCCCCCAGGACGCCCAGCGGCACCGCGGAGAUCUGGGAAACGUCUACGCCGAGUCCGAUGGGAGAGCCACCUUCAGGCUGGAGGAUGAGCAGCUCCAGGUGUGGGACAUCAUUGGCCGAAGCCUGGUCAUCGAUGCAGGCGAGGACGACCUGGGGCGGGGAGGGCACCCACUCUCCAAGAUCACGGGGAACUCUGGAGAAAGGCUCGCCUGCGGGAUCAUCGCUCGCUCCGCCGGCCUCUUCCAGAACCCCAAGCAGAUCUGCUCCUGUGACGGCCUCACCCUCUGGGACGAGCGAGGCCGGCCCAUCGCUGGUGAGGGCCGAAAGAAGCCCCCGCAGACCCCCGCUCACCUUUGACCCGCCACCAACCACUGGGAUGCCCCUGAGGGCUCGGCUGACACCCCCAUUGAAUCAAAUGAAUCAGAAAAUCCCCUUCUGUGGACCAGCCCCCACCCCUUCCUGCCCACGACCAAGCUGAUCCCGUCUCUCUUGUAAUUAAAGGUUUAUUUUACUAUCAGA